AUGGCGCAAAUCAAUCAUCUCUCAGACCUUACACCCCCCUCUCUAGAACGAACCUGGCUCACAGCUCCCCACCCAACCCUUCCGAUAGUCGCAACCUGCAGCUCCGACAAGACAGUGCGAGUAUACUCGCUAACAAACUUCACUCUCCUCUCAACAAUAACAGGCGGACACAAGCGCAGUGUUCGCACAGCAGCCUGGAAACCCCACAUCACUGGGGAAUCUGUGCUAGCAACCGGCAGUUUCGACGCGACAGUAGGAAUCUGGCGACGAUGGGAUAGCUACGGACGGGAAGACGGCAGUAGCCUGAAAGCCGACACAGGCACCUCGGACGGCGAAAAGUCCGAGGACAACGCGGAAGAAGACGAGGAAGAAUGGCGCUUUGCAGUCCUCCUCGAUGGCCACGACAGCGAAGUCAAAUCCGUCUCGUGGUCGCCUUCCGGCAUGUUACUAGCGACGUGCUCGCGCGACAAAUCCAUCUGGAUCUGGGAGGAUCUCGAUGACGGCGAUAACAACUUCGAGACUGUAGCCGUGAUGCAGGAGCAUGGCGGCGAUGUGAAGUGUGUAGCAUGGCAUCCUAUGGAGGAGUGUCUCGCGAGCGGGAGCUACGACGACACGAUCCGAUUGUGGCGGGAGGACCUGGACGAUUGGGGCCAGGUUGCCUGUAUCAAGGGUCAUUCGGGAACAGUAUGGUUCUUGGACUGGGAGGGCGCUGAAAAUGUGCCGUCCUCAGCGUCGACUUCGGGUGACGUCGCAUCGCAAUGGCGUGCGCAGACGGCGCUUUCAGGCCCGCGUCUUCUUUCUUGCUCCGAUGAUCACAGUGUGCGAGUCUGGCGCCGCCAGCCGAAGGAAAGCUUGAUGGCGGCUCAGUCAUCUGCGGCGACGGGAAUUCCGAGUAUCAUUCGGCCUACUGGGACGGAUGAGAUGUGGGAAGAGGAUGCUGUUCUGCCCCAUGCACACGAGCUGGCUGUUUAUGCUGUCGCUUGGAGUAAGAAGAGUGGACUUGUUGCGUCUACUGGAGCCGAUGGGCGGAUUGCAUUAUACGAAGAGCGAUUUGUUACACCUGAGAACAAGGAUCCCGAUGCCAUGGAUACUGGGACUGGAGAUGAUGUUUUGAAGACGGAGUGGGUGCUCAUUGCUGUUUACGAUGGAGCGCAUGGCAUUUAUGAAAUCAAUCAUUGCGCCUGGGCGAAGAGAGCAGAUCGUGGAUCUGAAUCUGGCGAGGAAGUGCUUGUUACAACGGCUGAUGAUGGCAGUGUCAAGGUUUGGACAGUGCAGCGGUGA